AGUGUAAUCUGCAGGGAAGCCGAGCCGGGAGCCGGUGUGUGAACCUCCCCUCUAACACCGGGGGGAAAAAUUACAUAAAAAUGCUUAGCUUUCGUAUCCGAUGUGCACAAUCUAUCUUCGCCUCUGUUUAAUCGCUGUAAAAUUUUUACCGUAAAAAAAUAAUAAUAAAAACUUGAAGACUGCACUUUAAAAAGAAUUCUCGCUCGUGUCAUGGGAGCCGGGAAAACAUAGCCCGUUCUUGUCGUCCUUCGGAUUCUGGAUUAGUAGUACAGGGUGUCAUGGCUUUCAAGGAACGCAACUUAUUUUUCACGUCCUCUGUAGAACUGUGAGCAGGCUUAACUUCCAAGGUGUACCGUUGCCUUAGUGAAAAAUAUUUGUUAACUAGAAUCAGCUACAAGUGCCACAAGCCUGCAAGAAGACGACGCGACGGGCAGUUUAAACGCGCAGUUUGCAUGUUCCGAAUGCAAAGUUGAUGGAGAUACGCACGGUCAGCAGGUAUCAAGAUCGCGUUCGGGUAACUGUGGCGCAUAUUCUGUCCUUAAGGAUUUUUCGUUUAGCUUUGAAUUCUAACUAAACUUUUUGACUAAUGCACGUUUUUUAAUGGCAACAAAAUACGCUACCUUGUAAAAAUGUUUCCAUCAUCAAGCUUUACCUAAAAGUAAGUAGAAUUUAUGAUCGAGUUCAAGUGAUCGCUCCAAAGCUAUGGCAUGGAAUUAGACUGAUCAGAAGAGGGAUUAUCGUACUAAAUAUGGCAGUUUUCCUAGCGGACUACCGUCAGGAGACCUAAUGCAGCGCUGUUCUCCGAGGGGCGACAGACCGCAGCAGUAGCCCCCCGGUGCUUGAUCAGUCUUUCGCUGGGUCGCGGAGCGCUGCAGGGCUUUAGGAUGAGCACGGAGCUGGAGCGCAUGUCCCUCAACUCGUCCUCGGCCAACUCGGUGGACUCCGCCGGCCGCUGUCUUUCGGCCAACGUCAGAAAGCUGCACAACUCGCUCAACCUACUGCUCAACGACUCGGAGCGGGAGCAGUUCAUCCACUGCCUCAACGUGUACCACUUCAAGCGCAACGUCUUCGACCUGGUGCAAACUCUCAAAGUCAUCCUGAACACGGAGACCAAGCGGCAACUUUUGCCCAUGUUGCGCCUGGUCAUCCCUCGGUCGGACCAACUCUUAUUUGAUCAGUACACAUCCGAAGGCCUGUACCUGAAAUCGGAUGUUAAUGCCAGAAGUAACGACCCCGACAACCCGGGCGAAACGGGCAAUGGGAAUCUUAACGCGAACAAUCCUGGGCGACUCUCCGCGCAGACGGAAGAGAAGCGUCCCGGUUCGGCAUCUCCGCGAUUGUCUCCAGGUUGUUUCAGCACCGUGAACGAGGGGACAGCUCCCUUCUCGCCCCUUCCGUGGAGACCGUGCUUGCAGGAUCUGCCCGCCGAGGUCCGUCAAGUAGCCAUGAAACGCCACAAAAGCAACGAGGGUCUGGGCUUCAGCAUCCGCGGCGGUUCGGAGCACGGCGUCGGGAUCUACGUAUCGCUGGUGGAGCCGGGCUCUCUGGCCGAGAAGGAAGGACUGAGGGUCGGGGAUCAAAUACUGAAAGUAAACGACAAAGUGUUUGACAGAGUCACACAUGCCGAGGCGGUCAAGGUCCUGAAGGGGUGUAAGAAGCUCACCAUGUCUGUGUGUUCCGUGGGCCGCAUUCCCGGGGGCUACAUCACCAACCACAUCUACACCUGGGUGGACCCUCAGGGGCGUAGCGUGUCCCCACCCCCGGACCUGCCCGAGCACAGGAGUGCCACUGUGAGGCGGGCCGGCAGCCAGCUCCGCAGCCACUCGCAGCUGCUGCAGGAGGGCGACGAGAAGCGGGUGAACCUGGUCCUGGACGAUGGACGCUCUCUUGGCCUGAUGAUCCGGGGAGGUGCGGAGUAUGCCCUGGGUAUUUACAUCACCGGGGUGGACCGGGGCUCCGCCGCAGAGUUAGGGGGACUCAAGGUAGGCGACCAGAUCCUGGAAGUGAACGGGCGCAGCUUCCUGAGCAUCCCCCACGACGAGGCCGUGCAGGUGCUAAAGACUUCCCGGCACCUCAUGAUGAUGGUGAAGGACGUGGGCCGCCUGCCACACGCCCGCACAAUCGUGGACGAGACCCGCUGGAUCCCCAGCUCCCAGAUCGCAGAGAGCUCAGCCAGCACCGUCACCGGGCUGUCCAUGGACAAUGGCUCUUUGGCCUCUGGGAAGUCCAUGUUCUACAAGGGCAUGGCCGGCUCACAGGUGACGCUGAGCAGCCUGGUGAACCAGCCGCGGGCCUUGCUGGAGGAGCAGGCUCGCCUCCUGCUGACGGAGCCAGAGAGGCAAACACUGAGCUACUACGUGGAGGAGUACCGGGAAGCCCACAUCGGGGUGGAGCAGCUCGUCAUGGCCCUGUUCGAGCUGCUCAACACUCACGCCAAGUUCUCAUUAAUGUCGGAGGUGCGCAGCCUGGUGGCUCCCCAUGACAUAGAGCGCUUUGACGGGCUGGUGCUAUACCACGAAAUCGAGGCAAUAAAGGCUCGCCAGGCAGGAGCCGAUUCCCUGAACGCCAAUCCCUACUCCACAAUGGCCUACCGUGGCUGCCUGAGUUCCCACUCAACCUUAAGGAAGUCCAGCACCAUCGGCUCUGUGCGGACUUGCAGCAGGCUGCAUGGCAGCAGCGAGGCCCUGUCAGUGAGUCACAACGCCCUGCCGGACAUCUCUCUGGAUAACGUGCAGCCCACCAUUGAUUCCCCUCCAUCCUUCAAGCCACCCCCUCCCCCGCCACUAUCAAAGCGCCCCACCCAGCGGGCUCAGCCCAAGCGGCCCUCCUCGGCAUCUUCCCAGUCGGGACUGUUCUGUACGGCACCCCCUGCUGGCAGUUCCACAGAGUGCAGCCAUCCUCCUCCUGAGAGGGAAGCGUCCCCUCAGCAGACCCUGGGGAAUCGGCAGCCCCUCAAGACCUUUGCCUGCCCAGAGGCCCCAGCCAAGGGCAACCCUGUGCCUGCUAGCCCAUCGUCUGGACCACCAGGCUCUGCCUCGGCUGCACUGCAAUCCAGCCCCAAUAAGCCACCAUCCACAUCUCCUGCCUCCAAACCACGCUUCAUCAUGGUGGACGUGCACCGGGCCAGCGUGGAGCCGGGCACCAGUGGGGCUCAGCCGGUCCAACAGACGCGAGGGGCCGCUCUCUCUCAGCUGUCGGGCAGCGGUCAGACCCUGAGUGAGGACAGCGGGGUUGACAUCGCCGAAUCUGGAGGCCUGAGCAAGGAGAGCAGCCCCCGGCCUGGCAAGGCACGGCCAUCCCAUGAGGCGCAGCGAGUCAAGGGGCUGGGGACGGAGGCCGAGGCCCAGCCGAUGGGGACACUAGAGCUCACCUCCUCUCUGGUCCGUGUGGCCAGGAGCGCCAGCACGCUGGGAAUCGCCAUCGAAGGUGGCGCCAACACCCGCCAGCCACUGCCGCGUAUCGUCACCAUACAGAAGGGUGGCUCUGCUUACAACUGCGGGCAGCUGAAAGUGGGUCAGGUGAUCCUGGAAGUGAAUGGCGUGUCCUUGAGGGGACUGGAGCACCAGGAGGCUGCGCGGCUCAUUGCGGAGGCCUUCAAGACCAAAGAGAGGGACCACAUCGAGUUCCUGGUCACUGACUUCAAUGUGGCCCUGUAGGGGGUGCCAGAGAGACAUUAAGCUCUUCACUGUUGGGAGAAGGGUUACAGCAAAACAGCUGAAAGCCAAGUGCUCUAUAUAGCGAUUAAUGUAAGCCUGAAAUAUACAUUAGAACCUCUCCUCUCCUCAUCUACUUAUCCUCCUUGGUAUCAUGUGUGUAAGACCAACAUGGGAAUAUUCUGCAAAAGGUCACUGGAAAAGAGAUCAAUUUGAGUGUAAUUAUUCUUUCAUUAUUUUCCUGCAGUGGGGCAAACAUGUUAGCAAUGGGAUAGAACAGAUUAUUUUCACUGGUAUGGCUGAAAGCAAAGAUGAUGCCAAAUGUGUCUCAGAUAGCGUGCUGUGGUUCCACAGAAGGAACAGGGGACAGAUGGGUGUCCGUGAUUCAGUGGGCUACUUUACUCGUUCACAGGCUGGUUUCCAAGCCCAGCUGUGGUACCUUAACGCAUCAGCAUCCGGCAGCUUUCUUUCAACACUUACUGGCUGGAAGUGACUUCAACUCCAUUGGAGCAGAGGUCACCACUUCUUAAAGGUUACAGUGAUGUCUUACUGUAAUUCACUUAGCAUCUACAUUCAGACAUCAGGAAAUGAGGCCAGCUGCAGUGUCGGACUCAUGCACCUGUAGUGCUUUUAUAGUCAAAUGACUGUUAAGUGACCGAACAACACAAAGAUUUUUUUUUGUGGAGGAUUUUGCAAAACAUGUUCGAAUACAAUUCAGCCUGCACAAAUAGAUAAAGAGGAAUAAUUAGAGAGACAGGAAUAUCAUUCUUAAUUAAAUCUAUUCUGUUAUCUUUUUAAAAGGAUCAUUUAAAGCAGACCUUUUCAAAUUUCUUCCCAACAGACACAUUUUCAUUCUACCUAAUCACGUAAGCACUCAGCUGAACUAAUUAUUUCACAGAUUGAAUGAGUUUUGCCUUCUCCCCUAUUUAACUCUUUAAAGGGCACUUGAAAGCCUGGCAGGAACAGUUGAGAUUUCCUGCUUUUAAGUAAAUGCAUUGCUGAGCGUAGUACUUGAUAAGUCAGAAAUGUUUAAAACGAUUCCAGCCCGAUUAUCUUCACACUACCUGGAUUUGUUCUGUGCAAGCUUUCAUUUAGCAGAAUCGUCCGACUAUACUGAUCUGCAGUAAUUAUGUGUGUUAAAGGAAAUUAAAAAGCUGUGAGGACCUGUGUGUAUUUUUUUUUUUUUGAGAUUGUGCAAUCUGUGAUUAGUGUUUGGAGGAAAAGAAGAAAAUUAUGGACAUGGAGCAGGAACAGAAAGUAUGAGGUGUGAGAAGGAGCGAGCGGGAGCGCUUUGUCAGUAUGUGUUAUGUGCACAUACUCCUAAACGUGUGUGUGUGCCUGUGUGUGUUCACUGUAAGUAUGGUUACGUAUAUAUUACAUUAUGGGGGCAUUUGCUUCCCACGACGUGAUAAAAAUCUGUUAUUUUGAUGUUGCUGGGUGCAUUUUUCAGUUCCCACAAGGGGAAAUUCGGUUUUAUAAAAAUCUGUGACUGCAAUCAAAAAACUAAAAAUGUCAAAAGUCUUUGGUUAAAUAUGUUUAAGGUUAGGGCUGGGCAGGGGUUAAGGUCGUCAUUGUUGGAAUUUCUCUUAGAAACAAAUGGACAGUCCCCGCAGAGAUAUGGGUACAAACGUGUGUGUGUGCGUGCAUGUGUGUAUGUGUGUGUGUGCGUGUGUGUGUGCGUGUGUGUACACUCAUUUGCGUUUGCACUCCUGUCAGUUCUCGUUAGAGGACAGCGGGUUAAUGGUAAAGAAACCCCCACCGUUAAAUAUUAAGCGCCCUCUAGUCGUUUGGAGCCGUUUCCUUGGUAACAAAGACAUUUAUACUCCCCUGACUGCAUGUUAGUCUGAACAGGGAAUACUACAUGCAGUAGUUUUGAUAAAUUGUCCAUUGAGUAUGCUCUGUUUACUGAUGACACAGACUUGAGAUUAAUAUGGAGUAUUGCCAUAUUUAAAAAAAUAAUAAUUCUAAGUAUAUCAUGUAGCUGGCUUAUUUCUUGAAGAUGCAUGUAUAUUGAGAUUUGUAUAUAUUUAUGAAAAUUAUGUCUCAGAUUAUAAUUGCAGUUGGGCUAUGCUUUUUAAUUUAGCAAAUGCAAAGUUCCUGAGCCAAGUUUCCAGUCUGGGUGUACUUGGGAUGGGCGGUCCUCCACUGAAUCUGCAGGCUAGACGGUCCUCUGGGACUUGUUGUAUAGACUGCUAUUUCACAUCUACAAAGGGGAAGGUUGGUGGAACAUGGUCUUACAGCAGUUCGCUGUUUUGUUGGAAGGUGAAAAAUCAUGGGGAGUGUGAACAGAGUGCAGAGUCACACUGAUGAAGUACAUGGUGACAGUCAACUGGAUGUCUUCUCUGCGGGCAUGUUGUUGUACGAGUGGAAGUUAUUGAGCUGAAAUCCAGAAGGUAGUAGGGAACAGUGGCCCAGGUUGUGCCUGGAAGAGAUCAAGUUCUUCCAUGACUUGAUCUUGGUUUGUCUUGUCUUGAGUCCACAAUAUAUUUAGGCAGGAUGGUCUUUGGACUUUAAGGUUUCUCAUAUGAACAUGUGAGACAUUCAGGGCUCAUAAUAACUAGUCUAGUCUACAUUGAGUUCUGCUGCAGCAAAUAUUCUGCAACGGAGUAGAGGUGCUCAAGAAUUUUGCAUUGGACAUUAGAUUUGAAUCUUUUUCAGGUUUAAGUAUGGCAAUAACCUUUGCUCUCUGCCAAAUAUUUGACCUGGGCACUGAUCUGUGACCAGCAGACAGAAGCAUGCGCUCCCAGCCUUGACGCUGGCUUUUCCUGCUCUCUAGCCAGACCUCAGGAGCUGGAAGAUGUUUUAGUGCUAUAAAUACUUGGUAUUAUUUGAAUUGAUUACUCAAACUUCUUUCAGUGUUUUUGCCCAGCAGUGCCUUUGCAAACAGGUGGUGACUGGAGUAACGGGGAAGUGCUUUUGUGUAGGCGACUUUUCAGCUGCUCCUAGCUGAGCUCCUUCCCCUGAAAUCUGCAAAGUUAAUCUUCGCAAUGUUCUCCUCCAUCUUGCUGUAGAAGGGACUCAACAAGGCAAUCUUAUCUUCAGGGUAUCCUGCUGCUUUGUAUGCCCUUAUAAGACCUAUUUUCUGAGACAUGUGAGGCAUGAUGGUAGUCUCACUUACAAGGGGUAGCAAAGACGACCGAGAUUUCUGA